ACAUUCUUUUUAGACUGUGAAGACAGUGACUUUAAAAUGAGUCGCCAUAAUGGGAGAGAAGAUGAGGGCAUUGCCCCUAAAAUUAUUUAUUCAUCUUCUGGAUCAAGCUGUAUGUCUACAAAGAGUGAUGCAUCUAUGAAUGAAGAUCCUCCUAAACUCAGUGAUGGAACACUGACCUCUGACCCCAGCAUUAGCAGAAGACAGGGAACAGAGACUUCAGAAACCUGUUCUGUGUCUGUGAAGAGUAACAGAUCUAUGUCUCUACACAAUGACUUCAGUGAUGCACCAGUGCCCUCUGAACUCAGGGUAGAUGACGCACAAGUAGCUGUCAUGGGCCAACCAGUGAAUGAUCACCUUCAGAGAUGCAAAGACCAACACAAAAACAGCAUGAAGAACAAGUAUGAGAGAUUAUUUGAGGGAAUCAAACACCAAGAGAAUGAAACCCUUCUGAACAGGAUCUACACACAGCUCUACAUCAUAGAGGGAGAGAGUGAAGGAGUGAAUGAAGAACAUGAGGUUUUACAGAUGGAGAAAACAGCCAGAACAAAACACUCACAAGACACUCCAGUCUACUGCAAUGACAUCUUUAAAGCGUCAGCUAAAGCAGGAUCUGAGGAGAAAGGCCAGAUCAAGACUGUUCUUACUAAAGGCAUUGCUGGAAUCGGAAAAACCAUCUCUGUGCAGAAGUUCAUUCUGGACUGGGCAGAGGGAAAAGCCAAUCAGGAUGUAGAUUUCAUGUUUGUGCUUCCAUUUCGAGAGCUGAACUUGAUCCGAAAUCAUCAGUACAGUCUUCACAGACUUUUGCUGAACUUUCAUCCUGAACUUCAAGAUCUGGACUCACAGAUUUAUGAGGAGUGUAAAGUUGUGUUCAUUUUUGAUGGUUUGGAUGAAAGCAGAAUCACACUGAUUUUUUCAGACGCUCAGAAAAUUUGCGAUGUGACUGCGACUUCAUCAGUGGGUGUGUUGAUGUCAAACCUAAUAAAAGGAGAACUGCUUCCCUCUGCAUUCAUCUGGAUCACCUCCAGACCAGCAGCAGCCAAUCAGAUCCCCUCCAAAUAUAUCAACCGUCUAACUGAAAUCGAUGGAUUCAAUGACCUUCAGAAGGAGGAAUAUUUCAGGAAGAGAAUCAGUGACCAGUAUCAAGCCAGAAGAAUUAUCUCACACAUCAGAAGAGCAAGGAGCCUCCACAUUAUGUGCCAUAUCCCUGUCUUCUGCUGGAUCUCAUCCAUUGUGCUUCAGAAGCUCCUGGAAGAAGAUCUGAGUGCAGAAAUCCCUCAAUCUCUGACUGAAAUGUACAUCCACUUCCUGUUGAUUCAGAUCAACAUGAGGAACCAGAAGUAUGAGGAGAGACAUCCAGACAAACUCCAGCAGUCCAACAGAGAAGUGAUUGUGAAACUUGCUGAACUGGCUUUCAAACAGCUGAUAAAGGGUAAUGUGAUGUUUUAUGAGGAGGACCUAAUUGAGAGCGGCAUAGAUGUCACUGAUGCCUCAGUGUAUUCUGGGAUUUGCACUGACAUUUUUAAGGGGGAAUGGGUAUUUCAAAGGAGGAAAGUCUACAGCUUCAUUCAUCUGACCAUUCAGGAGUUUCUUGCAGCUUUUCAUGUGUUUUAUUUUUAUGUAAGUACAACUAUGAAGGGACUUAACAAUUUUGUUUCAGUACAAAAUUUGCUCAAAGGUGCAGUGGAUAAAGCCCUUGAGAGUGAAACUGGACACCUGGAUCAUCUCUUGCGGUUCCUGCUGGGCAUCUCACUGGAGUCUAAUCAGAGACUCUUACAAGAUCUACUGACACACAGAGAGAACAGCUCAGAGAGCAUCAGGAGAACCACACAGUAUAUUACAGAGAAGAUCAAAGAUGGACAUGGACUCUCCACUGAAAGAUCCAUCAAUCUGUUUCACUGUCUGCUGGAAGUGAAAGAUCAGGCUUUGUCCAGAGAGAUCCAGGAGUUUGUGAAUUCAGACAAACACUCAGAGAAGAAACUCUCUGCUGCUCACUGCUCAACAAUCACCUACAUGCUUCAGAUGUCCGAGGAGCCGCUGGAUGAGCUGGAUCUCAAGAAAUACAACACAUCAGAUGAGGGGAGAGGAAGAUUAAUAAUAGCUGUGAUCAACUGCACAAAAGCUAAUUUUGCUGACUGUAAUCUCACUGCUCAGGAUUUUGAAAUUGUGUCAUCAUCUAUUCAGUCCUCAAACUCUGUUCUGAGACAACUGGAUCUGAGUAACAAUGACCUACAGGAUUCAGGAGUGAAGCUGCUCUCUGAUGGACUGAAGAGUCAAAAUUGUCUGCUGGAGAUACUGAGGUUGUCUGGCUGUAUGGUGACAGAGGAAGGCUGUGGUUAUUUGUCUUCAGCUCUGAGUUCAAACCCCUCACACCUGAGAGAGCUGGAUCUGAGCUACAAUCACCCAGGACCAUCAGGAGUCCAGCUGCUCAAACACAAACUGCAGGAUCCACACUAUAAACUGCAGAUACUCAAUAUGGACCAUGGGGGCCCUUUUAGAAUCACUCCAAGACUGAGAAAAUAUGCCUGUGAUCUCACAUUGGAUCCAAACACAGCAAACAAUUACAUCAUUCUGACUGAUGAGAACAGGAGGGCAACAUAUGUGAAAGAGCCGCAGUCAUAUCCUGAUCAUCCAGAGAGGUUUGUUGGUGGUGAGCGGGUUCUGUGUCGAGAGAGUCUGACUGGACGCUGUUACUGGGAGGUUGAAUGGAGCGACUGGGGACAUGCAGCAGUGGCAUACAAAGGAAUCGAAAGGAAGGGAAGUAGUGCAUGUAGGUUUGGAUACAAUGAUAAAUCCUGGAGUCUGGACUUCUCUGAUAACAGAUUUACUGUCUGGCACAAUAAUAAACGAACUGACUUAUCUGCCCCUUCGCCACUGUCUAAUAGAGUAGGAGUGUAUCUAGACUGGGAGGCAGGCAUUCUGUCCUUCUACAGCGUCUCUGACACACACACACUCACACACUUACACACAUACAACACCACAUUUACUGAACCCCUCUAUGCUGGAUUCAAGGUUUACAAAUCCUCACAGACUUUGUGUCAGAUUCAACAAAAAAGAGAAGAUUUCUAACUAACUUACAGAUACUUUAAUCAUUAAAUCUUAUGUAAAUUUGAAGUAUUAGAAGUGAGACUCCAUCAUUAUCUUUUACAGUAAUUUCCUUUGUUUAAAUAUAUCAGUGAAUUUUAAAAAAAAAAAAUAAAAAAAAAUAACUAUUAAUCAUUCCAAUGCUAAUUUUUGCUGUGGAAGAAAGAAAUGGCUGAAGAAAUUUUUUUUUACAAUCGCUUUCUUUAAAUAAUUUGCAGAAUUGGCUGUUGUUAUUGUUUUCUGUUCAAGAGUCAAGAGGUGUUUAUUUGUUAUUUGCAUAGUUACAAGGCACACACCUGUCUAUAGAAGGACCCACAGUAAACACUGCAGAGAACAAACCAAGCCAUGAAGUCCAAGGAGUUGUCUGAGACAGGAUUGUAUUGAGACAUAGAUCUGGGGAAGGGUACAGAAAAAUGUUUGCAGCAUAAAACAUCCCAAAUGGCCUAACCCUAACCCUAACCCUAACCCCAGUGGCCAAUGUUAUAAUUUCACAUUGUUCACAUAUCUCAGGAUUACAAUAACUGUUAUGAAUUUAAAAUAAGUUACUGCUAAGUAUUUAUGCCUAAACAAAGCUAAAAUAAAAUCUUUAUAUUCAUGCUAAAAAUAUUUUGAUUAAAUUAAAUCAACCAUUUAGCUUAUUUCAGAUUCUAUAUUGUCAUAAUUUUAAGUUGUCUUCAUUGGUUUCCUUUGAUUCUGAUUAUGUUAUUAAGUUUGAUUAUGCUUGUUUCUAUGGUUACAAAUAAUUAUCUCUGUAUCUAUGUGUUUCAAAGUGAAAGUGAUGUGUGUCCGACUCAGGCAACCUGCUGCUUCUGUACAAACAAGGACAAAUGUCACAAAAUCUAUCUUAAUUAAACAUCUUUAUGGUGGCAUGAUACAAAAAAUGCUCAAAGGUGCAAUGAAGACUGUAAUGCUUAUUCAA